CGGGCCUGUUGAUGGCAAACAUCAUUCAGCUUGAUAAUUAAACCUUCCCGAUUCAAGUCUCUGACCAAUUAUAUAUUCUAUUCAGCUACUAGAUGGAUUGACUUGAUCAUAUGAAUAUAAAAUUCAAUUAUCACCAAUCGUCAUUCCUUCUGCAGUAAAACAAAAAAUUAUACCAAUUCAUGCUUGAACCGGUCUUCUUCACAUGAAAUAAAAUCAAAGAUUACACCGUAAAACUUUGGCAACCAGAUAUUAUGAUCAGCCUACUUCUCUGCUCAUCGACCACAAGCCGUACGGAUGAAGAAACCAUCAACUCCCCAACUUGUCUACUCAAGCCCAACGCAACUGAAAUCGGAUUUCCAAUCGACCAGCAAAUUUCGUUGUAAGACUCCGUCUGCCCUUGGUUAUAUCAUAGCUGCGGCCAAGAAGGUGACUCGGGUUUUUAGAGUCUUUCUCCCGGGGAAAAGAAAGGCCACUUCAAAUGGAGCUGCACCUGAUGAUGCCAGCAAGAGAAACAUUCAAGUUAAACAUUUAUCAUACCAGUCAACAGGAAGUUACACAACGAAUUCAUAUGCGUCUUCUGGUUCCAUUAGUGGACAGUUUGCCGCAGUCAACUUCUCAUUUGAAGAGAUUUACAAGGCAACUGAAAAGUUCUCUGCAGCAAAUAUAAUUGGAGAAGGCGGGUUUGGAACGGUGUACAAAGGAAAGCUUAAGGAUGGAUCUAUUGUUGCUGCAAAGCGAGCUAAAAAGAACAAGUAUGACAAACACACGUUGCAGGAGUUCAAGAAUGAAAUAUUGACCUUAUCAAAGAUCGAGCAUUUGAAUUUAGUGAAGUUAUUUGGAUAUCUAGAGAAAGGAGACGAGAAGAUUAUUGUGGUUGAAUAUGUGGGUAAUGGAAAUCUUCGGGAGCAUUUAGAUGGGAAAAGGGGAAGUGGACUUGAAACAGCUGAACGCCUGGACAUUGCAAUUGAUGUAGCUCAUGCUCUUACCUAUCUUCACACAUACUCAGAUCCUCCAAUAAUUCACAGAGAUAUAAAAGGAUCAAACAUCCUCAUCACUGAGAAACUUCGGGGCAAAGUGGCAGACUUUGGGUUUGCAAGAAUGGCUGAAGAAGAUCCUACUGCAACUCACAUCUCUACUCAAAUUAAAGGAACAGCAGGCUACCUGGACCCUGAAUACCUCAGGACGUAUCAACUUACUGAAAAGAGCGAUGUCUACUCCUUUGGCGUAUUGCUUGUAGAGAUUAUCACUGGUAGAUACCCAAUUGAACCAAACAAACCAUCCAAGGAGAGAGUAACCAUAAGAUGGGCAAUCCAGAACUCAAAACGAGGAGAAGCCAUACUCGUCAUGGAUCCAAGACUAAAAAGAACUCCGGCAUCAACCAUGGCAGUGGAGAAGAUCCUUAAACUAGCUCAUGAAUGCCUGUUACCAUUGAGACAAUCAAGGCCUACCAUGAAGAAAUGUGCAGAGGUGUUAUGGGGAAUUCGAAGAGAAUUCAGAGAAAUAUCCUUAUCUUCUUCUUCUUCCACCGCCCCCACUUCUCACCAUUCUUCUGAUUAUCCCGAUAGAGAUGUCAAGAAGAAUACGCAAACAUUAUUUGGAAUUGAGGAUGAUGAUACCUAUAAAUUUAUUUCUGCAUAAAACAAGUGCUUUCUGACUAUUUGUUUUCAAUUUUUUUUUAAUUUUUCACAUAAAAUAAAUGUAAAUUUCUUCUUC